CCACCAUGGCCGACGUCGACACCGCCGCACCCGCGCCCGCCCCCGGCCCAGGCGACGAGCCCAGCAAUGGCAGCUCCUCCGCCGUCGUCACUACAACCACCACCACCGACGCCAUCAUCACCACCAAUGCCGAAGGCAAAAAGGUCAAGCGCAUCGUGCGCAAGAAGCGGCGGCCCGCGCGGCCCCAAGUCGACCCGGGCACCUUCAAGUCGGAGCCGCCCCCGCAGACGGGCACCAUCUUCAACAUCUGGUACAACAAGUGGAGCGGCGGCGACCGCGAAGACAAGUACCUGUCCAAGCACGCCGCCCCGUCGCGCUGCAGCAUCGCGCGCGACAGCGGCUUCACGCGCGCCGACAGCGUGCCCGGCAGCUACUUUUGCCUGUUCUUUGCGCGCGGCCUCUGCCCCAAGGGCCAGGACUGCGAGUACCUGCACCGCUUGCCCGGCUUGCACGACAUCUUCAAUCCCAACGUCGAUUGCUUUGGCCGCGAUAAGCACAGCGAUUACAGAGAUGAUAUGGGCGGUGUGGGCAGCUUCAUGCGCCAGAACCGCACCCUCUACGUCGGCCGCAUCCACGUCUCCGACGACAUUGAAGAAAUCGUCUCCCGGCACUUUCAGGAAUGGGGCCAAAUCGACAGAAUCCGCGUCCUAAACCAGCGCGGCGUAGCCUUCGUAACCUACACCAACGAAGCCAACUCGCAAUUCGCCAAAGAAGCCAUGGCGCACCAAGCGCUCGACCACAGCGAGAUCCUCAACGUGCGCUGGGCGACGGUGGACCCGAAUCCGCAGGCGCAAAAGCGCGAAGCCCACCGCAUCGAGGAGCAAGCGGCGGAAGCGAUCCGUGCAGCGCUGCCGGCGUCCUAUGUAGCCGAGAUCGAGGGCCGCGACGUCGACGCCAAGAAGCGCCGCAAGAUCGAGGGCGGCUUCGGCCUGCACGGCUACGACGCCCCGGACGACGUGUGGUAUGCGAAGGAGAAGGCGGCGCAGCUGGAGGGGCCGGAGCAGCAGCGCUUGCUCGAGGCGGCGGAUGCGAACAACGGCGCGGGUGCCGGUGCCCAGGGAGGCAUCCUGUCCGGAGCGACGCUGGCGGCGCUGCGCGGCGCCGCUGGGCCCGCUAUCACGUUCACGGCGGGGAAGAAGGAGCGCGCCGCGGGGCCGCUAGUCGGCUAUGGCAGCGACGAGGACAGCGAUUAGCGACGAGGUAUGUAAUGUACUACUGCGUUUGAAAGGGAACAAUUUCUAGAUGCGCUGCGUGGCAUGGCGUGACAUGGGGCUGGCUGGAGUUUUUAGGGAAAGCUGCAUAUGCAUAGGUAGGGCAAAGGGAUUAGGUCGUAAUAAAAUGCAAGGUCCGAAAGCCUGUUAGGUACUCAUAACAGCAGCAAAGAGAGCGAGAGCAGCAGCAGCAGCCCCGACACGGCGUUAUUCGAGC